UUAGCAUUAGAGUCUAACUCUCUCUCUCUAUGCUGGAGUGGGGCAGGAGCCCGAGGCAGGACUUGGGUUCCGGUGGGGUCACUCAAUGUGACUUCCGGACGGCGACCGCAUGACCGUUACCAAAAAUGCAAUUGGAUCUAACUCCCUUUUGCGGUCAAUUUCAAGAACAUUUUGUGAAAUUUAACCCUCUUUUUUACGUCAAAACAAAGACAAAAUCAUACUUUGGAAUCUUGAACCUUGAACCUUGAAGAAUUACUCAAUUACCCAAAAGCGUGAGCGCUGUCCUGGAGAUCGAGGGCUGUGCUGUGUUGCGUGCUGUUGGUGAUGUGCUGUUGGUGAAGUGAUGGUGGUUGUUCUCCGUGCACUAUAUACAAUGUGCAGGUGGUGCAGGUGUGUCCCUCGUCACAACAUCUUCAGGGGCAGGGGCGGCGCAAUAGUCUGUAUGGCGGGUAGUGCCACUCCCCUAAAGCCAAGAAUUGUAUUUGCAGUGACAGCGUUGCUUGGGAGAGUGUUCCAGAUACGGACUGCUCUGGGAAACAUGCUGUACAUGUAGCAGUUAACUCGGCAAAAUGGGUGAAUCUGAAGUUGUGGCUUUGAUGUUGUGCCCGUUGCGGUCUGGUGAUGCCUGUGAUAAGUCGGAUGUCAGGAGGCAAGGAGAUCUGGACAAGUUUGUGGUGUACCCCUAUUUAUAAGAUUGACCUGUUUGCUGUUGCCCUGAUCAUCCCGGUAGCAUCGAGACAAGCCACUAAUCUAGGGGCAUCCCCAGCGUCAGUAGGGCUUGUUGGUACAAUUUAUGGCAUCCUACAGUUGAUAUCUGCUCCCCUUGUGGGGAGAUGGAGUGACAUCGGAGGCCGAAGGUCAACUCUUUUGCUGUGCCUGUUCUUCACAUCCAUUGGUUAUAUCUUCAUGGGUCUUUCUACUUCCAUUGUUCACUACCUUCUAGCAAGAGUUCCACUAGGUAUAUUCAAGCACAGCAUAUCCAUCACAAGAGCUUACCUGGCUGAAAUUACACCCAAAGAUCAAAGGGCAAAGGUCUUUGGGUACUUCAACGGCAUCUCUAGCAUUGGCUUCAUUAUUGGACCUCUCAUCGGUGGCCAUCUUGCUGAGAUGGAGAAUGGCUUCUUUAAAGUUUCCAUAGUUACUUCUGCCAUCUUUGCUGCCUGGUUUGUGUUUGUUCUGCUCUUCAUGAACGAACCUCAGCAUAGAGGGCUCCCUAACACCAAAUCAGUCCAAGACUUCACUGGCGGUGAGUUCAACAACAAGUUUCCCUCGUCGCUGCAAACCUUUAAAGAGAUCAUCAAGUCCGGUCAUGAGCUCUUCUUCAUACGCUUCCUUCAAGGUUUCUCCGCCACUCUCUUUCGCAGCAAUUUCACCCUCUCACUGGAGCAGAAGUUUGACAGUACCCCCAUCAUUACUGGUCGCAUUAUAUCCUUUGGGUCGAUCGCAAGCGCCCUCUGUGCUUUAGGAGUGGGUCGCUUGGUGCAGUUCUACGGCAACAUGCCCCGCCUCUACUUCCACUCCUGCACUCUGAGGAUAAUUGCACUUGUCCUGCUCAUCCUCGCACCAAACAUACCUUCCUUCUUAGUGUUCUAUUUCCUCCUUUGCAUGGGCAACUCUGUAGCACGCAUCUGCUCCACGAAUUUAAGCAUCGAGCGGGGAAAGGUGGAGGACGCGGGUGCUUUGCUGGGGCUGAACCAGUCUGUUAUGUCCAUCUGUCGAACAGUCUCGCCACUCAUAGCAGGGGUCUCGCAGGAAGUGACUGCCGAAGGACCAGCAAUUUUAUCAGUCAUCCUUUCCAUAGCUACUGCCAGUCUUGUCGGGACCACAGUUUUAGUAGAAAAGAAGAUCUCUGACAAAAAAAAACAAUUAUAAACAUUCUGUGAGAAAAAAUACUGAUAACUGUUUUGCAUGUGCCUUGCUUGUCAGUAAUGUCAUUGUGGCAUAUACAGUACUAGUAGAUAGAUAUUCUUGUACAAUUUAUAUUUUUUGGAAGUAUUUUAUAAAUGAGGAUCGUACAGUCAUGCAUGCAGUUUAAAGUUGUAGAGAGUAUUAACACUUUGAAUUAAAAGUAAAUUGUAAUUGUAGUUUGCCCAGGGUAUUUUCCUUUUCUGUGUAGGGGUGGCUAUAAAAUAGACCUGUAUGUUGUAUACCGUAGCCAGAAAAGAAUUACCGGUAUCGAUUUUGCCUCGCCUGCCUAGCAGAGCAAGACAUUAGUCAUCACUAUUUCUGGUGUGUUGUUCUUGCAGUUAUCAUAGUUGUUGUCAACAAUUAUGCUGUACUCUGUGGUGAACUAUUUUGUACACAAUUAGAUUCUGUUUACAUCCAGCUAUCAGGGUUUAAUGAUCUUUACUUUGUUUACUUCUCUCCGAGCCAGUGUUCACCUCUUGUAACCUCAGUUCCACCUGUACCAUAGCCUCUCUGAAUUACUCUCAUCAACAUUGCUCCCUCUAGCUUUUGUUAUCAUCAUUCCUCCUUCAUGCUUUACAUUCCCAAAUUGAUCCUUCUCUUUAUUAUAGAAUACCUUCUCACUAUGCUUCACCUCACAUGUAUUUGCAUACUAUCCUUCUUCCCCAUUGGUUGAUUUAGCUAUUGAAUAUUUAUGUUGCUCACUCUCAAAUUCGAGUGGACCUUUCCUUAUGAAUAUGUAAUAAUCGGUCAUUGUUAUUUUAAAGUUGAUUUGAAUAUUUAUGUUGUAUGAAUUGAACAUGCUAAGAUAUUCAAAUUAAAAGAUAAAUAUGAAAUCAGGAUUGGGCCAAGCCCAGGGCACUUCAACCGAGUAACACCUACCUACUUGUUCUGUGUUGGAUCGAACCUACAUACAUAGCUCCUACACUCACAAUAACUUCCCAUAGCUUUGAGGUAGGAUCACAACAUUCAUACCACAGGUACAUCUCUUGAAGGUGCAGGUGACAUUCAAAGAUCAUAAGGUCAAUAAACUUUCAGUGAAAAGAACUGUACAUGCAAUAACUUUA